AUGAAGAAGAGUGCUGAUGCUGAGUAUGAUUUCUUGGAUUUCUGGGAAGCGAAUCAAAAGUUCUCUGCUAUGAAGCAAGGAACAACAGAAGACUUGAUGCAUUUCAAGGAACGAUUCUUGAGACAGGCUGAAGUCCUACAAGAUCUAUAUGGCGUGGCCUGGUUCCGAGAUUUUGCAGUCAAGACGAAAGUGUAUGCUGCUAUUGCUAACACCGAUACUGCUGCUCAAAACAAGUUCGAGGAUGAUAUCUUUGAAGCCUUUCUGGCAACAGGAUUUCUAUGCAACAGCGAUCAAACGAGAUCAGCUCCUCUGAUGCUGGAUCUUCAGAGGAACUAUUGCAGAGAAGUGGAUUAUUAUCCAAAGACGGUCAGCAAAGCAUGGAAGUGA